AUGGCGUCUGUUCCCAAAUCAAGGAUCACUGAUAUCCCAUGGCACCAUCUUCUGCGUGCCUCUCUGCGCGAAUGUACCUGUUUACCGGACCCCGUUGCCCGGUCUUACAUGCGUGACUUUGUCCUGGACCGAUAUCGCCGCGCGUCUGACCACUCCAGCCGACCAGAAACCCAAAAGCUCCAACGAGCCCGCCAGGGACUGUCAAUACUUCGCAGAGCCAAUGAGGGUUAUCAGCUCCCUCUUGAAAAGGUCUUAUUUCUCUCAUACGGUCGUAUUGGCAAGCGGAGGCAAGAAUUGAUACACGACUUCAUCAAACCCCCCAUACCAAAGGAUACAGCUGCGGUCAAAGCACUCAUCGCGGAGCCCGCCAAAUUUGAAGACGGUUGGGAGCCUCCAGAGUUAAUGACAAGUCUCGCAAAAUCUCAGAUGAACAACGGAGUGGUUAUGACGGUUCGUCGUCGGCCACGGAUACAAAAACUCGAACCACCUAUACCAGAGAAGAAUUCCUGGGGUCGACCAGUGCCUAAGGAGCUUGGUAUCCUUGACGGGCUAUUGUCAAGAACUAUCCCCUGGAAGCCUGUGGAGCGGCGUAUACUCCCCACAACCCCUUCCCCAUCUUCCACCACUGAUAAUACCAUACUGGAUUUUCUGGUAGAGGGACCGCAAAAGGGCCACACAUUUCGUGAAUAUGUCCUUGGCCGGCCACACAAAUUCACACCCAGGUUCAUGCAGCGCCAAUGGAGGCGCAUUUCCGCACUGGUGCCUCGCGUGUACCAUAUUCCCAACUCUGAUAAAGCAUAUUUCAACUGGGAUACGCCGAAGCCAAUGCCGGUUGUGAAAUCGUCCGUCGUCGCGGAAGCAGACGUGGAUGAUAUCUUUGGAGAAAAAAUCGACCCACCUCCGAAGAAGGCCAAGCACCACACUACCCAGGAGAGUUGA